GCUUGCUGCCGUUUUCCCAUUACGAUAUUCGGGAGGAAAUGCAUUAAUCUUCAGAUAAGGACCGAUUAUUGCAGAAGAAAGUUCUUUUUCUACAUCGGGGAGCCAUGGAGGGAAUCGAAUACCAGCUGAGGUCCACCCAAAAUCCCGUCCGCCCUCGUCGUCUAUAUCCCCUUUCUCUUGACCGACGGAUGCAGCAGGCCGACCUGCUCCGUCAGAGCGAAGAAGAGCUCAACUCAGCUCUCCAAAGUAUUGAAGAGUCUGACUCUACACCUCGCGCAGGUAACCACACCGGGGAUCAAAACUGCGAACGAUGUGUCAAGAAGGAGAGGCAAAUCACGGAAGCCUACUACCGCUACUAUCUAGGAGAUGAACCCGGUCGUUGGGAUUACCACCUCUUGGCUUAUAGAGAAGAAGUUGAACGAAUGUUCAAUGAGCUUGGGACCUGUACUCUUGAAGAUAUCCAUGCACGAUAUCAACAAGAGCUUCGAGAGCACCUCAAGAACGAUCUCUGCAAAGUUAAACGUGGUGAUUCCGAAACGGUCGUUGAGAAGAAGAAUUUGGCAUUGUCCCAAUUCGACCUCGGACAGGAUCUCAAACAAAUCCUUGAAAUGCAUCUCGACUCUAUCCUGUCCUCCACUACCCGUGAAGCAGCUGAAGCCAUCGCUGAAUUACAGAAGACGAAAACAUACGAAGAACGCAUCCCUAUAUACGUCAAAUACUAUUGUACGCCCUCCCAAACCGAUACGCCUCAGCAAAAGAACAUAAAAGCCAAGUAUGCUCGCCAAUUCAAGGCCGGUAUUCCUCAUGAUGAAGUGCUUGACGCCUGGAAGAAGGAGGUAAUCUCAUCACAGAAGGAAGAGAUUCUGAAACUAAAGCAUAGACUGGGGGAGUUGCAGAUGGCGCAGAGUGCGCAUUUGAAACAUAAGGCAAAGAAAGCGGAGAAAGACCAGAGGAUGCAGGAUAGGGAGUACGUUUUUGUACCGAAAAUGGAGAGGUGUGCCUUGGAGAAGUGUGGGAAGGAGGUUGAUUUAAGUAUUGAGGGAGGAGCGCUCCAGUGUGCGGUUUGUGAUUGGUUGGCAGCAAGGAAUGAGAAGAGACGGAGGUUCUUUUAUUGUUGUGAGGAGCAUGCUGAAGAGGAUUUUGAUGAGCACGACCGGAACGAGCACUCCUGUAUUAUGGAGAACCAUUGCAUUUACCACCCAGAAGCAGGCCCAGAAGGAGAGACAGGAGCCGGUGGACUCUGUCCCGAUUGCAUGGACGAAGGUUAUGUUAGCUAUUUCUGCUCACAGGCAUGCUACGCUCGCAAUCUUGAGGCACACCGAGAGAUGUUCCAUUAUGGGAGAGAGAUCAAGAACGCUUCUGAGCAGCUGGAUAUAUUUCGUCCGGAGCCAGAUCUGGAGGUCAUUGCUUCAUAAUCCGAGCUGGAACUCGUGAGGCGAUGAUAUUGAACAAGGCGUUUGACGGUUGAAGGUGGGUAGAUAGGGGAGUUUGGGAAUGUAUCCUGAAUGCUUUGUAACCUUCCGAAUUUUAUACCGGUUUAUGAUAGAGAUGUCGCUAUUACUGUCUUCC